AUGACUGACAUGGCACAGGGCCGACCAAUCAAAUGUGUUGUUGUUGGAGAUGGAACUGUAGGGAAAACAUGUAUGCUAAUCUCGUACACAACAGACAGUUUUCCUGGAGAGUAUGUCCCUACUGUGUUUGACAAUUAUACAGCCAACAUGAUGGUGGAUGGUAUUCCAGUUAGUCUAGGAUUGUGGGAUACUGCUGGACAGGAAGACUAUGACAGGCUUAGACCACUUAGUUAUCCACAGACUGACGUAUUCCUCAUAUGUUUUAGUGUUGUGAGUCCAUCAUCUUAUGAAAACGUCAUCACAAAAUGGAACCCGGAGAUAAAACACCACUGUCCGGAGGCUCCGGUUAUAGUAGUAGGUACCAAAAUUGACCUCAGAGAAAACAAGGAAACAAUUGGGAGUUUGACCGCCCAGGGUCUCAGUCCAGUUAAAAGAGAACAAGGUAUAAAACUGGCCAAUAAGAUACGAGCAGUCAAAUACAUGGAGUGCUCCGCCCUUACUCAGAGGGGACUUAAACAAGUAUUCGAUGAAGCUGUCCGUGCAGUCCUGCAGCCUCAGCCAGUCAGAAGGAAGCAACACAAGUGUGCGAUGCUGUGA